AUGCGACGCUUGUCAAUUUCUUUAAUUGGCCUCCAACCACUCACUCGGAUGGAUUGCGGGAAAGAGCAGGUGCCGGUGAAAUAUGCACAAUGUGCUCGCUGAAACGUGCAAUUGCCACACUCGUGGUUGUCCGGAAAGCUUCCAUAUACAAGUGUUCCCUGCUUCAAGUUAUUUUUUUCCAAACAAGAAAAAAUUGAUUAACUUACUAGUCGUUAGUCGGUUAGUCGAGAAGACGCAAUUUUACAAUAUCUGAAAUUUCAAAAGUUUUUCAACUUCAUAGUAAAUCCAAAUUGAGACUGAAGCAAUUUUCUGCUACGAAACUCUUUCCCAGAAAAUGUCCAAUAUCAUUACCCCCAUUAGUUAUUUCAAAAGAAAAAAAUGAUUGAAAGAAAGUCAUAUCGCCUCGGACCUUGGUAACGUAAAUCAGGUGUGUCGAGGCAAUCCUAGUGACCAUUUUAAUAGCAUCAACGGUUUUAAGUGAUCCCUAGAGUUGCUCAGAAACGUCCGGAAAGCUUCCGGUUUAUGUUUUCGAGGUCUGAGUCGAAAUAUCAAUCAAAAUUUCCAAAAGUACGGCCGAGCGAACAUUCCCUGCGCUGCUUUUUUGAUUUAAUUUUAUUUUUUUCCAUCAGAAUUAUUUUUUCAAAUUGAUUUUCUCUUCUUAUGAGCUGUUUUAGCGUUUAAAUUAGCAAAUUUAAAAACUUCCUGAACUUAAAGCAGCUGUUAACAGUUGUUGUUGUUCUCUCGCUCAAACUUUAUUUGAUGUAUCAAUAUCAAUCAAUAUUUAUUGGUUGUUUUAGUCAGAUGGUAUCGACUAGGCGGUGAAAAAAUUGCUCUUUUGAGCGGCACUAACACCGCCUUUGGCGAAAAAGAAGUCAAAACGUGUAGUCGAUUGAAUUGAAAGCAUGGUCUUACGGUCCUUCUCCUCGCUCUUCCACAAGUAGAUCCCUCAGUUUCGCGGGUACGGGCACGGCGGGGAUGGUAGGGCUCGGGCACGGACGCCGUGUACACUCUAGGGUAGCCUCGGCCGAUUGAGAGAGCUACCACUUCGAGUGAAGAAAAUAAACGGAAUCUAGUUGUUUUUUUUUUCGCCUCACGUUUGCUGUUUGAAGUAUUUUAAUAAGUUCAUAUGCACUUUAAGUCAAGAACAAUGGGGGUUCCAAAUUUUUAAUUUUUUUCGAGACUUUUGUCGUCAUGACUACGCUGCGAGCUGUGGAGAUUUGUGUCGCUCAUCGUGAAUAUAUCUCUCUUGAACUGAUGUUUUACUUUUAUUUUUUUAACCAAUAAAAACGCCUUAUUUGGUAAUAUAUUGAUUGUUUUUGCAUUAAUUAAUCGCAUAUCUCAUACACGAAAAUUUUUUUUUCAUUCUGAAAAUUACCUUUUAGACAUUUCUUGAGCUGGUAAAUUUUUCUAUCGAGAUCGGUAAUCAAUUCAGUCAGUAUUCUUUGAAAUAUUUUUUAUCAAGUCACUGCGCUUUUGACUUUUAUUUCUAUGGAAUCGGAAAGCUGUGACUUUUCUCUCAACUAUUCGAAAAUUAUAUUUUUCAAAUGACUUUUUCUUUCACUUUCCACCCAGAUAUUUUUUUUUCAUUUGGAUAUUUGAAAGAAAAGUUUCUAGUUUCCCUUCUUAUUAAUUUGCAUUUUGUUCUUUCUCCACUCUCAAUCAUUUGGUCUCGGUAAUGUUCGAUGUUUUUCGAGAAUAACGUUUAUUAUGUAGUUUUGAUGCAGCAAAGUUUAUAUGUAUGAAGAUAUUUUUCUUAUCAUAUGACUUCUUUUUUUGCAAAAUUUAUGGUUUAUUCACCCUUGGCUCACGCUAGUAUUUCAAGUUUUAGUAAAUAUAGGAAAAAGAAGAUUUUUGGACAGAAAGUGAAAAAGUAAAUGAAUAAUUAGUUUUAGUUGUGCAUAUUCUCGUGAUUUUAUUAAGUUCCUCUGGCUUUCCAAUAAAGUAAUUUCUGUCAAGAACUUUUUCUGUUGAGAUUUUUGUAAAAUCAUUAUUUUCUGAAGCGUCCUAAUGAGAAUUUCUGAAACAGACUCCUUCUGUUUUCAGAAUUAAAAAUUUCCCAUUUUCUUCGUGUUCAGUUUCUCAGUUUUUUAUCGCACCAAAAAUAAUUAAUGCGAUGAGUCAUAGCUCUCAGGUGCGUGAGAAAACCAAGUGAAGCGGACGAGCGGCGGGAGUGCGGCGGGACGACGUCGCCGCACUCGGAUGAUAUGCUUCCUCUGCGCGUUUGUCGACACAAAGUAUUGUUUUUCACCUACCUCAGUUCUAGGCUAUUCCAUUGCUUCCUAUUUGAAAAGUGGGAAACGAGAAGUUUUUAAAACCGAAAAGGCCAUCAUUUCAUUCAAUUGCUCAGUGUGGAUGAGUAGUGGGACAGAAAUAUACGAGUUUAUGAAUUGAAGCCUAAUCCUUUUGGUCUUUUCUUUUAUUGUUCUCAAUAGCUUCAUAUUGAAGCCGAGUGAUCGCCGUCUCUCUCCCCGUUCGUCGUCUGCCGCCUAUGACCGCUUCCCCUGCAGGUACGGCUUUUAGAAAAGUUGGGAUAACGCAAAAUUUUCGAGUACUACUGAAGUCCGACUUUCUCAGAAUCGCCGAAAAGACCGCAGCAAGGGUUCCAUCCACUUCGGAAAGCAUUGAGUGAACCGACAGUCGUUCAACGGAUUGAUCUGCGAUUCUUUUCGGCUCGCAACCGCAAAAGGUCAUUUUCAAGAGUUCUUACGACAAUUAUCCGUGCUGCGUGGUUUCCGUGAAAAAAUAAGUAUCGAUUCUCCUAAAAAAAAACUAUUAACCUCAAAUAAGCCUGCUUAAACUUGUGCACUACAAGGCUAAAACUCUGGAAAAGAGAAAAUAAACUAAGCUCUCGUAUAUAAGAAAAACUUUGACUUCAAACACAGUUUACUUUGCUGUUGAGAGUUCUCUGAAAAUAGGACCAAUUUCUUGUUAUAACUUAUGGACUUUUAAGGAGUUUCAACUUCUAAAUGUGCUCAAGUUUUGGAUGAAAAAAAAAAGUUGGAAACGCCUUUUCUCAAAAAUUCGUAAGUCAUGCCUAUUUAGACUAACGGGAUUUUUGUGUGUUAUACAUCAAGGAUUAUUCUCAACAACUUUGGAAACCUCAAAAAAAAACAAAAAAUAAAAAUGACCUUUAUGAGAUUUGACUGUCAAUGGACCUUGCUAUCUACGAAAAAAAAAGCGUGGCUUUUUUCACUUAAUUUUUGGUUCCAGACUCUCCAGAGAACAUCUUGAAGUUUAAAAAAAUUGUCUCUUCAGAAAAUUUUUGAAAAAGUCGCCUUGUUCAAAGUAUUCAGCGUAAUUCAAAAUAUUCUCACAGAGUGAAAGAGUUGAAUUAAUUUUGAAGACCCAAAGAUAAUUUUGAUUUACGUGGAAUAAUUUUGAAAUGGAAGAAGUUUCUCAUUCUUCAAAUUUUGCUUCAAAAUAAGCUUGAACAUUUUCAGAAGCCCCACGACGACUCUAGAAGUCGACGAAGUCUCGCUGUGCUCGUCGUUCGGCGAUCUUCAGAAGCGAAAACGACGUCGUCUGAAGCGUCGGCGGAGGAAACUGGAACGAGCUGUUCGUGUGUAAUAUAUUAGCAUACGAAAAAAACAUUAAUAGUGUAUUUUUUUCAGUUUAAAAAAAUUUUUGAAAAAGUUAAUUAACAUAAGUUGUGUGGAAAAAAACUUGUUUUAAAGUUUUUCUUCCUGAUUGUUUUUUGAGUGGCUUUUUUUUUUCAAAAUCAGCUAACGUUCUUGAUUUGAAAAAAAAAAACUAGAAAAAUCCCUAUUGCGUUAAUUUUUUUAAAUGUUCUCAUGUUGCUGAUUUUUUUAGAAAACCAUACACUUUCCAAAACUUAUCUGUUCACGGUGACCCGGCUAAAAAGGCUUAUACUUGUGAAGAAUUGUCGUUUAGGGAAUUAAUUUUUGGUUUAAUUAGGGUAUCGUUCUGUGACGUCACGAUUAGGGUGACAGGUGUCUUGGGGUCGUUUUCCAAUUUGGUUGCCACGACUACGAAAAGCUCUAUCUCUAUAUAUCCCUUCAUUCCGUAUAUCUCUUUCACCUUUUUAAGCAUCUUUGUAUAGUAGACUCGUUAUUUCUAUUAUCUUCCUCUCCAUUUUUGUCGGAGGAUGGAUCAGUCGGUUAGAGGUCUUUUCGUUGGGAAGACACUCCUGGGUUCGAGUCUGAGCAUGGGAAAUCCCUUUUUUUUCUCGUUUUCAUGGCCUACAAAGGCUGUAGGAUAAUUAUCGUGAUAGAAAAAGAGACUGUUUUGUAAAAAAAAAAGCGGAAAAACUGAGUCCCUAUAUUAAACAUUUAUCUAAUAUUUUUUUCAGAAAUUUUUCUUUUUUUCCAAUUUUGAUACCUGUUCAAAAAUUAUCCGUUAUAAUUAAAACGAGUGGGCGAAAAAUUCUUAUCUGAGCGAAUAUCUUCGAGAAUACUUCAUAUUGUACUCUUGAUUAAAAAAUCCUUCUUGUUAUUUAAAAAUUCAAAAAUAACGUUAAGAAAACGAAGGAUCUUUACGAGUUUUCAUAUUCCGGCCACGCCUAAUUUUACUUUAAAGUCCAUAUUAGCAAGAAGUGUUACAGAUUGUUCGAUAUUAGCCCAUGUUUAUUUUAAUUUUUUUACUGUACUUGAUAUUUUUUUUCAUUUAGGGGAAAAAGUCUACUCUGGCGAUUUUAGUGAAGUGAACGCGCGUUCAAAGUUUCAGUUGGUCUCAAAGCUUUGGCUUUUUGGCUUCGGUAUUAGCCAGAUAGCUGGAGAAUUAUAGUUUUAACAUCAGAAAUUCUUAUCAAAAUUUUUAAGUAAAAUGGAAAAUUGUUUUUUUGUCCUUCUGGUUCAAAUUUUUAAAAACAGGCUCUAAAUUUUUCCUAAUUUUUCGUUUAUCCAUUUUUUUGAUUGAAACUUUUCGGUUUUUUUCUUUUUAAAUGUUAUAGGAACAUAAUUUUUUCCUGUCAAUCUUUAGGCCUUGGAACUUAUUUUUCUUGGUUUAUUUUUUUCCCAAGAUUAAGAUUAUAUUUUUUUAUUUUUUUCAUUAUGGCCGCCUAGUACGAGCCAUUACGAGGAGAUCAUGUUUUAAAAAGUUGCAUUUAAAAAAACUUAGCCAAUUUUUUUGUGUUUCUCUUUUUUUCUGACUCCAAAUGCAGACUCGCGUAUUCAAUUUUCAACUAUUCGCAGUUUCUCAAAAAUUAAAUUCGUCAAAAGUAUAAAAAAUCUAUUUAAAGAUGUCGACGACGUCAGAAUCGGCCAAAAGUUCACGAAACCCGACGAUUUUCCAAAAUGACAGCGAAGUCUCAUUUGAGAGGCUUAUCGAGUCAGAGUCUUCCUCCUCGUCGUUGACGUCUUCAACCAACGGAUCUACUUGCGAGAAGCUGAGAGUCGAAGCAAGGUGAGUUGGUCGAGCGGCUAAACAGCUUGACCACGGGUAGGAAGGUCGUGGGUUCUUCUCCUAUUGUUUUGAGAUUUUAGAGAGAAAAGUUUUUUAUUGUGCUAUGUAGCUUGAUUAACUAUAAAAAAAGGUAAAAAAAUGUUACGAAAAUUGCUUUUUUUGUAGAUAUAAUAUCUAAAACUUUAAUCUAAAAGCUUUGCAGAACCAUAUUUUGUUGUUGAUUUCUGAUCUCAAAAUAUUUCAAACAAAAUCUGUUUUUAUUACUUUGAUUGUUCAUUUUGCUUUUUUUCGAGCUUUUCCUUUUUUAAUUGUAAAUAGGUCGUCUUGAAAAAAUUCGCUAAGUUAGUUUUCUGUCAAGUUCGUUGAGAACCAAUAUUUUCGAAAUUUUAAUUUCCGAAAUUUCAGCCCUUCUAAAGAAGCUUUCAUCACCAACGGAUCGCUUCUGCGGGCACCAGAAGUCCCAAAACUCGGCGAGUCAUUGGAAACGUAAAAAAAAAAAUCACAAAUUUAUGCUGUUGUUAGGGAAAUUUUUAGACUUUUGAUGGAAGAACCGGUGGUUCCAAAAAAUGAGAUGAGAUCACCGGAAGAUCAAUUUGACCCCGUAAAUUAUACGGACGACAUCCAGGCCUUCGUUCUGAAUGCAAAUUUGCCGUAUGAAUAUGGCUUUUUGAUGGAAAAGGAAUGGGGAAUUCAGAAGCAACGUUUUCGAGGAUCCGUUUGAAAUUGAAGAACGGCGCUCGAGAACCGAGCAAUGGGUGGAAAGAUGCUCGCCGAUGAUGGUCCCGACAAACUCUUCGGUCCGUUUUCGAGUGGCUUUCGGUUCUGAUGGACCGUGGACCGAGUAUAUUACGCUCUAAAAGAUCUAGUGACCUCAAAAGUUGCAAUUUGAUCAGUUUGGGCUUCACGGACUAUGAAAAUAUUAAACUCUGAUAAAAGCAAAACGAAGAAAAAUCGAGAAAACGUGGAGAGAAAGGUGGCUUCACAAAAAAUAGUUCUGGACCCUUCAAUGCAGAACAUUUUUUUUUUCUUCAAAAAAAUUUUGUACUUUUUUCCAACAUAAUAAUCCCUUUUCUCAGGAUAAUGAAGACGAGCAGGAAUCUGAAGACGCCGCCAUCGGAACACAGAAAGUUUUUCCUGAGGUUUCCCUGAAUUCUUAAUUGAGAUGGAAAUUCAAAAUUAUGUACAGGUUCAAAUCGAAGCGGCCUCGGGAGAACGGUCGUUAGGAAAUGAAAAAGAUAGGGUACGAAAAUUUAAAAUUUCUUCAUAAUGAAUAAUUAUUGAACGGUUUUAGGAGCUGGAAGAGUAUGUUAGCGACGACGAAAUAGAAGAAAAGGAAGAUGAAAGUUCAAUUGUUCGUUUCACUGAAAAGUUUAUUCAGUUAUUAGAGUUCUUUGAGGUUUCAUCGACUUUGGACAAAAGCAGUCUGAAAAACCUGAAAUUUCGAUCGAGAUUGCAUUUGGCGAUGGAGCAACAAGCUGAAGUCGAUAUUGAUAAUGUUGAAAGGUGAAAAGUUUAAUUCAGAUGAGACCUGCUUCUUCUAGAAAAAGUUGAAAAUGAAAAAUUUUUUUGCAAUCUAGAGAAAAAAAGUAAUAAAAAAAUUUUUAAAAAAAUUCAAGUAAUUUUUUUCAUAAUUUUUUUCGAAUCUUAAAAAAAUUUUUUUUUUUUGGCGAUGAGAAUGAAAAAUUUGGAGCCCAAUAGGAUGCUUUGCAAGCAAAGAGAAACGUACAGUACUGGCCAUAAAGGUAUUUCAAAGUGGUUAUUCGAGCAUAACUUCUUUGAAAGUGGCUCAAAUGGCUUGAAACUUUGCAAAAAUUUUAAAUAGCUACGCAGUAACUUUUUCCCAAGUAAAAAAAUUGUUUGCUCAAGUCAGACCGGAUUUGAGAGCAAAAAACCAAAAAUCGUGAAAAUCAAGAUUUUUCUCUUGAGAUUCGAAAAAUCAUAUUUUCAAAGAAACUUCGUUUUCGAACCAGAAACUUUUUUCCCCAGUAAAACAAGUCUUCGGCUUUCCAAAAAACCUAAUCAGCCCCUCACCAACCCGAUAGUAAGAGCGUAGUGACUUUUUCUUCGAAAGGCCCUUGCGUUUUGAAGCCUCCUCAUUCAAAUGGACUAUACGAGGUCAUUUUUGUUUGAGAACACCCUGUAUCAUGUUGAAAAAUUUUGAAACACCCUCAAAAAUAGUUUUACACUGAUUUCUUCAGCUUUCUCACUUUAUCUGCUCUCCAGAACUCACUAACUUCACUAGGACCGAUUUUUGAAACCUCUGAUUUGAAGCGGUUAUGCUCCUUUUUCAAAAAUCAGAACAUUCUCGAUUUCUCAUUUCAGAUUUCAGAGCUUCUUUAGAACCUUGAUGAAUAAAAAAAUAAAAAGAAGACCCACUGUGUUUUUGCUUACUUAUUCGAAAGAUAUAGUGAGUUAUAAUGAGUUUCUUAAAGUUCUCAAAACUUCGUUUCAGCAAGUGUUGCUUAGAGGGCUCCAAAUCUUGUGGAAGAUGAUAAAAACCCCUUUUUUUCAUAUUUUUUUAAAUGUUUUUAGAUCAUGAGAUAAAUUUGUAACUCCUUUUUUUCUAGCUCUCAGAUCAAAGAUAGGCACUGUAAAAAAAGUUUCUUUAAACUUUAUGGGAAAAUAAGUUUUUUUGAUCUUGUGAAACUAAUGCUUCAGCAAAAAAAUUUAGCAGUCUUCAGGAUGUAGGAGCCUGAAAUUUAGCCAUUAAUUAUUUUUCAAAUUCACGAUUUGAAAGCGAUUGACCAGAUAAAAAAACUACUUUGAACGCCCGAAAGUCCAGAAAAAAACUGUUCAAAUCAGAGGUUUCAAAAUCGGUCCUAGUGAAGUUAGUGAGUUCUGGAGAGCAGAUAAAGUGAGAAAGCUGAAGAAAUCAGUGUAAAACUAUUUUUUUGAGGGUGUUUCAAAAAUUUUUUUCAACAUGAUACAGGGUGUUCUCAAACAAAAAAAUGACCUCGUAUAGUCCAUUUGAAUGAGGAGGCUUCAAAACGCAAGGGCCUUUCGAAGAAAAAGUCACUACGCUCUUACUAUCGGGUUGGUGAGGGGCUGAUUAGGUUUUUUGGAAAGCCGAAGACUUGUUUUACUGGGGAAAAAAGUUUCUGGUUCGAAAACGAAGUUUCUUUGAAAAUAUGAUUUUUCGAAUCUCAAGAGAAAAAUCUUGAUUUUCACGAUUUUUGGUUUUUUGUUCUCAAAUCCGGUCUGACUUGAGCAAACAAGUUUUGUUUUUUGGGAAAAAGUUACUGCGUAGCUAUUUAAAAUUUUUGCAAAGUUUCAAGCCAUUUGAGCCACUUUUAAAGAAGUUAUGCUCGAAUAACCACUUUGAAAUACCUUUAUGGCCAGUACUGUAGAUUGCGCGUUUUGCGAAGUUUUUAUCUUUAUUGGGAAGUAAUUUUUCAUACUGAAAUGACUGCGAAGCUUCUAGGUAUAUCCGACCUGAAACGACUUGCGCAAGGGCAUUGAAAACUAUUUUUUGAAAAUUUUUUGAUGUCAAGUCGACUAUAUAUUCGAUUUAAACCGAAAUCGAGAGAUUUUGAACCAUUCUACUUGCGAUCAUAAAAGUCAAAGCCGGAGAGAAAUGAGAAUUCUUGAAUUUGAGUUUAAGAUCUGGUGGGUAUUUUUUAUUACGUGUAAAAGUUAUCCGAUUCUUCUUUUGAGCUUUCUCCGAACCUCCUGCGAUAUGUAAUUAUAUUAAAAAUUCUAUUAUCCUAGCCCUGAGCGAUUGAAAGUGCUAGAACUGAAGGAGGUCAUGAAUUCGAAACAACGAACUUUUUUUCUUUUUCAAUUUUCUACAGAUCUAAUUCGUUAGCAACUCAAUGUAAGAAAUGUUUCAAAGCUAGGAAAAAAAAGAUAAAAUUCCAAAAAAUCUUUUUUUUCCCGUAUUUGAAAAAUUCUUUUUUCGUGUUGCUUAAAAUUUGUCAGAUUAUAGACUCCGUUCAUUCAAAUAAAAAAAAGUUGAUAUAAGAUUGAAAGUCGCCUUUUAAAAUUGAAACAAGUUUUCUCUCAGGUUCUGGGACUACCUCUAUGACGUCGACAACAACUCGAAGGAGCUGGAGAAACUCCGCGGAGUCACGCCGACAGUCGAACGCGUGGUCACGUACUUCACCCACCAUGGACACACUAAAGGGUCUCUUUUCACGGGGAUUUUCAAGCAAAUCAAUUUCAUUUCCUGCUGUUUUUUGCAGCUUCAGGAUAGUUUCAGUGUAGGAGCGAUCAGAAUAUAAUCGAUACAUAUUGAACAAUCCUUGCAUGAGAAGGGAUCUCAAAAGUACAAAAACAGAUUUUCUAAUUCUCAGAUAUCUCCCAAAUGUUAAUUGAGUAAAUCGCAAACUCGAAAAAUUAUAAUCGUACAAUUCAGACUUUCUUUUCUCAUUUUCUCUCUAGUUUCCAGCGAAUUAUUUGGAAAAGGCGAUAUUUUUGUCGUUUGUUCUCAAAAAAUUAAUACUUUCGCAGCUCUUUUCGAAAGUUUUAGCCAAUUUGUGGAGUAAUUCAAAAAUUUCGAGUAGAAAAACGUCCCUUAUCAGUGAUAAAAAGGAAGGGAAAGAAAAAAUGUAUUUCAGAAAGUCGUCGCGAGAAAAGCCGCCCACAGGAUCACCGCAGCCGGCCACCGACGAGCUCGACACUAAUACCGGAUCAAACGCCGAUGAGCACGUAGGCAGUCCAAAGCUUCUCGAUUUACCCGCACCUCGGCUUUGGCAGGGGAUCGUCGCGGAUUCGGCCCAGCUGACGUCUUCUGAAGACGCAGAAGCCGUCAACUUUUUCCGCCUCGAGCGGAUUACCGACAACGUCCACAGCGAGGCGUCGUCUCUAAUGGAAGAUGAGGAUGAGAGCGAGGGCGGACGCGUCGUUAUCGGUCCGUUUUUGGAUUGUUUUGGUGGUGGUCGCUUUUAGGUAAGGUUGGGAUUUUGGUAGAAUUUGCAGCUUUGCACAGAUUUUUGAUGCUCUCAGUGUUUGGUAAAAAAGUUCAAAAUUUCAAAAGGAUUUCUGUUGAACGAAAUGGAAACACGUAGGACCUCGGAAAAAUUCACGGCGGAGAUGGCGUGUCUCUUUCUUCAGCAUUCCCUAUUGAUUGAAACUAUCAAAAUCUUCCCAGUAAGUAAUAUUUCUUCUUGAAUUUUCAAUAAGCAAAAAUUUCAAAAAAAAUAUAGAUGAAAUAUAAUCUGGCAAAAUUACAGGUUGUAAAUAAUCUCCACAAAAUUUUAAUAUUUCUUAAUGACGUGUUUUUGGGGUUUCCUUUGAAUUUAGUGGAUUAUUGCACAUUGAAAUGUUGUGAGAAAGAACUUUCUGUUAGUAGUUUUCCAAAAAAUAUAUUUCGAAAUGUGGCCACGCUGACAUCUUGCUAUAUCCGGAUGUUUUUUCUAGCGUCUUGCGAACGCAUUUCUCCAGCAAAGUUUUAAUCUGAGCCUUUCCUCGAGUUUUAUAUGCUGAUAACUUGAAAGAAGUCUAUUUUCAGGGGAUCCUAAGCCUUUUCGAGAAGGUUUCGUUGACGCAAGCAAGUUGAAAGGGUUUCUCGAUACGAUUUCGAAAGAUAAAAGCUUUAGGAGUUUAAAAAGGAGGGUUGGAAUAUUGAGAAUCUUCUUCUGAACACAAAAAGUCAAUAUUUUUCGGUAUGUAUGAAUCUAAAUUUUAAAAGAAGAAGCUAUUUUUGUUUUCGACGAAACACGUCUUUUACGCAAAACGGAUUUUUCUUUAUUUGAAAGAUCUCUUUGUCUCGAUAUGCGUUUAAAGACGUCAAAAUUUAAGCUCACCAUCACGAAAAAAACAUAUUGCAGCAUCAAUGGCGGUUUAAGAAAAACCAAAAUUUUUUGUUUGGAUCAUUUGAAGUGAACUUAUUUGACAUCAACAGAGUUCAUACUGGCGGCCGAAACACAGAAAAGACUAGAUUGACGUCAGAAUCUCAAUUUAAAAUAUUCAACUUUCGUGAUUUUGGUUGGGUGGAUGAUAACUAACACUUAAAGAAGGUUACUUCUCCUUGAAGAUUCUCCGGAACUUUUCAUUCACUUCGAAAGACCGUUUUUCUGUAACUUGGUUCACCUGUUUUUUUUGGGAAAGGGGGAGGCUUUUUAGCCAUAAUCGAAAAAGGUUGUGUGCAGAUCUGUUAAUCUAGCAUAGCGGCUCAAAACAAGCAAAAAUAACACCAACAUAACAACUGACCACCUUUCAUUUCGAAAUUGUACCUAUUCCGUUGGCAAUAUCCGAAAUUGAAGUUGACAACAUGGAGCCUCUUCCGCCCACGACGCCGGCGCCUCAGCCGCAGAAGCUGAAAGAACGACUUUUCGCGAAUGUGGCGACGUCAACGGCGGAUCUCGGGGAUUGCCGAGGAUCAGCCGUCGUUGGAGACGACGAGGGGCGGCGCCACUUCUCCGGAAAACACGACAUUCACUCGCAGACCGAACCGACACAUCCCGACAUGGCCGGCUACGUCAGUCCCAAUGCUAGGUUCGUUUUGGUUCACCUGAGUUAGGAUAUGGUCCAGGUAGAACUGGAUAGUAAUGAGGUUAUUCUUCCUAUAACUGGUGUUUUUUUUCUUUCUUUUUGAACCGAAAAUUAAUUUUUAAGGAGAAGAAUUUCUGCGUUAGAAAUCACGUUUUUAAUGUUUUUCUUCAAUAAGUAAGUUUUUGUUUGUUUAGAAAUCUUUACCUGAAUAUUUGAAAACCAAGAAGUUUUGUAUUACCUAAAAUGGAAAUAGCAAUAAAAUUUCGCUCCUUAAUUUACCAUAGCAAAUGUUUAACAAAAACGGUUUCGAUGAGAUUCAUUAAAUACUUGGAAUCUGGCUCUUUCUUGAGAUUGAGUGGGUCCAAAAUUUCUGUUUUUUUUUCUUUAUUUGAAUUUGCCAUAAUUCGUCAACGAAGAGGCGUUUGUGAGUAGAAAGAAUUGAUAGAAGUUUUUCGAAGAAUUUCAAAUUUGAGUUUACUUUCUCAAAUUCGAAAAGUAAGGAGUUCGAAUUCAGUCAAUCAAUAUGAACUAUUAGAGGUUUGAAUAUCUGAAAAUCAGAUCAACAACUUCUUCUUCCUAUUAAUUUUUUUCUCCCUUUUUAUCUUUUAAUUUUCAGCUACUACAACUACACGCCGUCCACAGAAGACCUCCUUUCGUUCCAAAAUCCCAAACAAGUCCAUUCACACCAUAAAACAGUCUCUUUUUCUGCGGAGGUCUGUAACAGGAGUUCAAAUUCAGUCAAUCAAUAUGAAAAUUUAAGCCAAGCGAAGCCGACGCAGCUGAGCGCUCUUAUAUGCGUGCUCAUGAUUCGGUGUCGCCGACGAGGUCGAUUUUGAAAAAAGAAGACGAGGCACAGAAAUCGUGGGUCUUUCCUUCAUUAUUUUCAUACUCAUCAAUGCAAAUUUUUCGAAAAAAAUCUUCAAUCACAGAUUUUUCGCGAUUAGAUUUCAUUUUUUUACUUUCCAACUUGAAUUAUUCCUUUAAAGAAUUUUAAAUAUUAGCAUAUAUUAUUCAAUACUAGAGAUAUUUUUUUACUAUUCUGAAAAUUUUCAAAAUUUUCAUCUACUUUUUGGUUUGAUAUAACGUUUUAUUUCUACUCCUCAACCGGAUACCACAUUAAUUAGGAUUUCAAUGAUUUAUUCGAGCAAGUUCAUUUUGAACUUCGAAAUUUUGGUCUUUCUGUAUUAAAAUUAUAACGGAAAGCUGUUUUACUGAUUUUCAUGAUGAUUAAAUUCACUAGACCGCUUCGAAAUUGACGUGUUUUCAUCACGAAAAAACCUCGAUUGAAAAGUAAAUUAGAAUUUUUUCUUAAAUACCCAUUUUUCAUCUUUGCACUUUUUUGUUUUUCUCGUAGUUCUUGAGAAGAACAUGAACAGCUGGCGCACCCACUCAAAAACGAGAAAUUCUAAGGUUUUGUUUUUCACAGGAUCCGGCGGUUCAUGCAAUUCGCCUGCGAGCGACUUUUCAAAGAUCUCAAGCUUUUGGUGACGGAAAGAGAUCGAGCACGAAGCGCCAUCGACAUUUUGCCCCCGACGAAUGAGAACCUCAGCGAUUCGGCCAGCUAUUUUCAGACGGUUUUGAGAAACAUUUGAAAAUCAGUGCUAAACAUCGUCUUAUUUCAGAAAUAUCGGCAGAAGAUUGAAGACAACAAAGAUGUUUUAGACAACAAGAUUGAUGAGGUGAGAAGGCGCUAAUUCGACUUAUUCAGUGUUGACUGAAAUCAGUAAAAAAAAUUAUUAUAUUUCUACAAAACGACUCGAGAACGAACUACGCUUUAGUUAGCAAAAAAAAAUAUAUACAUUGCAAAAAAGGUUUUUUUUUAAUCUUUAAAUUUGAUAUCCUAAGAGGUUUUGUGAAUACUUUUUUGAUUUUUUCCAUUUUCCAAUAAAAAAGGGAACAAGAAUUCUCGCUCAUAAUUUUACAUUUCUUUGAAGUUGAGGACGUGAUAAGGCUUGCAAAUCGUUUUUUUUCUGGUUUUUCAUUCGAUCAGAGGCCGUAUGCAAUAAAGUGGAAAAUUAUUUUCCGCCAUCGUCCUGAAAAUUGAAACGGGACGAAACUGGCCAGGAUAUCAUUUAUUUUGACUUUAUCUGUUGUAAUAAGGUUUUAUACGAUGAAUCGGAUACGGGCGAAAUAAUUUCAGUGUAAAAAGGAUCAAUUUUUGGCGUUUUCGAGUUUCAGGAAAUGGUGGAAAAUAACUUUCCACUUUAUUGCAUACGACCUCAGGAGAAAUUGAAGAAAAAGACCUUCAAUAUUCUUCAACCCAUCCCUUUUUAUAGAUUUGGAAGAAAUUGUGCGAAAUGCCGUUGACCGACGAAAUGGCCAAGUUCAUCAACGUGGACGACAGCGCGCAAUUGACGAUGAAAGUUCGACGGAAUCUGACCAUCAGGGUGCCGACCUCGAAUAACAGCUCAUUUUACCCGGUUAGUGUCCUGCAAAGUUGAGAAAUCCAAUGCAAAUUAGAAAUUUUGGAAUAAAUAAAAUUAUUUCUGAGAUACUAAAGGCAAUUCUUACUAAACAUUUUUCAAAAACAGAUGUAUCGUCCACAAGACUGAGCCGGUUUUUUCUCAAAAGAUUUGUCAACAGUGUUUUGAAUAAAAUAUUUAUCGCACUUAAAACAAGAAAAAUUUUUGAUCAAAAAUACGUUAUUUCCUACCUUUCCUGACAAAAAUUUUUACAAUUGAACUGAUUGGAUUACUUCUGACUUCAGUGUAUCUUAAGCCCAUUUUUUUAUAGUAAUCUUUUUCAUUCUUAUAAGUUUCAGACAGCGGAUCAAAGAAACGAUAUUGAAAUGGCCAGCGCCUAUGCAGAACGACUGGCAAAGGUUCGGGCGCAGAUGAUUCGGAGAGACUCUGAGGUGAUUAUAAUAUUCAUUUUGAAAGGAUAUCUCACAAUUUUGUUCUAUGUACUCGAUUACUUUGAAACCUGAGAAUCAAAUAGGGUUGAAAUUGUUGCCAGUGUGCGGAAAACUCGAUAAAAGUAUAAAACUUCCCAAGAAAUGUUCAAGUGAACGAAUUACAGUCGAGCGUCGUCGAUCGCCGUGGAGAUUCCAUCGUUGACAUGAUGAGCAGAUUGAGUAGAGCCCUAGAAGCGACCAAAUUCGAUCUUUGA